AGACGGAUUUUGAAAUGUUUAUCAAUAAUGAAACAAUUCUGUAGCAUAUGUUCAAAAAUAUUUUCAUUUUGCGAUUGAACUGUUAAUUGCGUGAUUCGUAGUCGAAUUAUGACUAUGACAGCAAUAGAUAAAAGAGCUAUUUUUAUCCAGUGUGCUACGAAAUGAUAACUGAUAAGAAAAGAGUAUUUGAAAUGUAAAUUAAUGUGUAUAACCUAAAUUUUAGAUUAGAAUGCCUCUCUCUAGAAUUAUUAAAAAAGCAUCAAAUUUUAUUCUUCGCUCUCAGUAUGAAACUUCAACCACUCCGACAUACACUGAUGGUGAAAUUGUCUUUUGCAAGAACAAUGUGUGUGUCCAUCCUCCAACAAUGGUCAGACAGGAGACAGAUAUUGUCCAUCAUCCCGGUUACUUGACAGUGACAAGUCAGACAGUCGGCAAUAAGUGCACUCUCUUCUUGUCCUGGAUCCCCAACACCACUUUGCGGAAACAUCCUGGUACUGUUGAACAGCGUUCCUCAUCUGUUACGAGGACUGGAACUGACUCAGAUGAGAAAGUAGGCACAAGAAGACGGUCAACAAGUGCUUGUCGAACUUCCAGUGGGGUGCACAUUGGUAGAAGGUACUCAUCAGGCAGUUACGAGUCUGAGUGUGUGGGAUGUUUUCCUGACAACAAACUCUCUACUGAGCUGAAGGAUAUCUACAUAUCUAAAGGAAGUAUAUCGUCCUGCUCUGAUAAUAACUCUCUAACUCCAAGCGAAGAUCUGAAAUUUGAUGCUGUAAAGAACAAGCAACUGGAAUCUAGUCUGAACAAUGAAGAACAAACAAGUGAAGGAAGGUUGAACAAACAUGACAGUAACCACAAUGACUCCAAUGAAGCAUAUCAGAAACUAUUAGAAUGUAGAUUGGAUCCUAGUAGAAGUAAUGUUAUUAUUGAAGAACCUCUAGUACAAAAUGAGAAUAAUUCAACGGUGCCAAAGAUAAAUCCAAGCUCAUCUAAUACUAGUUCACUAGUUAGUGAUAGUUCGAGUAGUUGUCAGUUGAAGGUUGAGGAGAAUAAUGCCAAAGAUCUACCCAAUUCCGAAAAUACUGAUUGUGAUGAGAGCGAUCGUGUUUCAUCGUUCAAUGGUGUUAACACCAAUUCUUCUAAAGCGAACCCACCUGCUGUCUAUGCAUUCCAAAGGCCUGAAGGAAUCUUGUACGUAGACAGUCUAGUUUUACAAGAGAAUCCUCACAUAUUGAAUAUAAAGAGUAGCUGUGGCGGCCCUAAUAGGAGGUUGGAAGAGUCGAGAGUGAGAGAGACGGAGAGAAGGAUGUCGGUGCAGAGCAACGAGGAUGGACCGAGUCCUCUGUGGAUGAGCUCGCCUGAGCUGUUGGCGCUCAAACACAAUCUCUCGUUUCCCGAUAGUCUCACCGCGUCACCUGUUGUCAGAAGAGCGCAGAAGUGUUGUCGCAAGUUCUGUGUUGAUCUGAGUGAAAUGAGGUCGCUGAGAUUAUUCUUUUGUGAUGCUGAGAGUACCAAGGGACAGCUUGUGGUAGCGUCUCGAGAAUGCCAGUACAAAAUUUUACAUUUUCAUCAUGGCGGCCUUGAGAGACUAGCUACUGUUCUCCAACAGUGGAAUCUGCUGUCGCCCACCACUCCAAGCGAUAAUUUACCUUAUCGUCAUUUUAUGGUUUGUCGACCAGCAAUGGAUGAUAGUGAGCUGCAUCCAGAAGAAGGGAAAGUUGGAAUGGUGAAUGAGGCUGAAUGGAAAGAGAUGCUAAAUCCUCUGGGUCAAGUGGAAGAUGACCUUGUUUUGAGAAAAGGUAUAUUUUUGGGAGGUUUGGAGCCAUGUUUGCGCAAAAUAGUUUGGCCAUUUCUUCUCUACUGUUAUUCCUAUCAAUCGACUGCAGCGGAGAGAGAGCACAUCACAGCGAUUCGUCGCAAGGAAUACCAACUCAUCACGAAAAAACGGUUAUCACUAGAGGGAGCUGCCAAAGAAAGAUUUUUCAGAAAUAUUCAGUGUGUGGUUGAGAAAGAUGUUAUCAGAACUGAUCGUGGGAAUCCUUACUAUGCUGGUGACAGCAAUCCUCAUGUUGAGACGAUGAAGAACAUCCUUCUGAAUUAUGCUAUCUAUGAUUCCGGAUCAGGAUACAUGCAAGGAAUGUCAGAUCUACUGGCGCCAGUGCUUGCGGAGAUAGGACAUGAGGCGGAUGCGUUCUGGUGCUUUGUCGGUCUCAUGAGUCGAGCUAUCUUCGUCUGCACUCCCACUGACUCUGAUAUGGAACGAAAUUUGGUAAUUUGACAUCAAUAGUUUUUUUUC